GAGGGAGCAGUCGACUGCGUGUAUGCUAUUUUCUGCGUUACGAAAUUGAUUUUUGUUUUUUAUUAUAACGCAGAAAAUGACAUCCACCCCGUCAACUGGUCGAAAUUUUUUUGCAAAUUUUUUUGAAAAUUUUUUGAGAACUUUUUCGAAAAUUUCUUUGAAAAAUUUUUCGAAAAUUUUUUGAAAAAAAAAAUCAGUAAAUGAAUAAUCCUGUGCAGAAUCAUUCGGAAUUUUUGUUUUUAAUUAUUAAUCAAGGAAUUAGCAGCAGUAGUAAAAGAUUUAUUUGAAUUUCCCGCGGGUUUUUCGGAGUUGUCACGUGUCAUUUCAAGACUUUUAUGUAAUCCGGUGAAAAAUUAAUAAAUAAGACAAAAAUUCCGGCUGUUUCAACGGUUUUAUUUUCGCUCUCAUUUGAUUUUUCGAUGUACAAUUAAUUGAAUUUCUUUUGAGAAUUUUCGAGAGAAUAUUAAAUAGUUGAAACCGGUCAGGCGACUUUAUUCGUGAAUUUCUGGGAGGGAGGUGAAUAGUUUAUACAUAACGUGGAGGUCACAGGUGCAAAUUAUCGCAGUUCUCCAGGUGAAUGUGACAGUUUGGUGUUGUUACGGCAGUUUACUAGUGCGACGUUUAAGUUGGAGUGAUUAGGAGUAAUUGGGAGAGUGAAUCAUGGCCCUUACACGCAUCGGACACUCCAGGGAUCUUCCGAUGAUCCUGCGGAGACUCAAUCAUGAAGUGAAGGAAACGCGCCUGGACACACGUCACUGUGAUCCUCGUCCCGCGAAUUUCCAUGUCUCGGGAAUUCGGCGUUACCCGAAGGCUCCUUGUCUACCUCUUCCAGAAAAUCUCUCCGAGGUUUUCAGCAAUGAGACAGGCCGUUUUGCCCCGGAGAGGGUGCGGGAUUUGGCAUCUCCGAUGAUGCUGUACAGCGCCAACAACACCAACAAGAGCUGGAACAACUCCUGGAUGUCCAGUUCCAGUCAGACAUUCGGAGAUACCCACGUGGAUUCCUAUGACUGCUUCGGUGCCAUCAGUCUUAAUGGAAUUAUGCAGACGAAUGUGCCUCAUCCUUGCAAAUCAACGUUGAGAGGAACCCAUAUGAAUAUGCCUGGAGGCCAGUGGGUGCAGAGUGGAAAGUACAUCGCUGACUACUUGCAGAAUAAUCAUUAUGACUUCAUUAGGAAGAACUACGGGCGUACGACGAGUGAAAAUGGUUCCAUACUCAAGGCUUAUUACUCAACAAGUGCCGAUAUCCCGAAAGAAUCGGAGAGCAACAAGAAUAAAUUAACUAAAGCCGAGAAACUCAAAAGAGCUGUCAAGGAUUAUGGCAGUACUGUCAUCGUUUUUCACGUAGGAAUUUCACUAGUCUCGCUUGGGGCUUUCUACACUCUUGUUUCUAGUGGAUUAGACCUCACGCCACUCGUCAAAUUGAUUCCCAACUCGAGUGAACGCUUCGAGGCAAUAAUGACAGGCUCAUCAACAUUUCUUGUUGCGUACGCAAUCCAUAAGGCUUUUGCCCCCGUGAGAAUAUCGAUAACUCUGACUUCCGCACCGUUUAUUGUCAGAUAUCUUCGAAGAAUUAGAGUUCGAAAAAUGCCGAAGACGUGACGGGAUUCUCAAGUCCUCGAUUGGAUAAAAACAGUAAGAAAUGCAUGGUAAUUAUUAUUUUUUAUACGAAAUAAAGAGCAACAACUGUCAAUUGUGUACUGAAUUUUAUUAUAUAAAGAAUAUAAUGAUUAAUUUUA